UGAUGGAUUUCAGCUGCUCACAGGAAUCAGCAGCAGCAGCAGUUUAACUGAAGCUGUGAGACUUUCAACACAUUCAAAAAGUUUAACAGAAAAAGUUUUGUUAGUGAAAAUGCCAAAAAAGAUCAGCUGGAGGUCCCGAAGAGAGCUGCUCAUAUUUCUGCUCACAUUUGGUUUAUUGUGGGAACUCUGUGACUUUCAGGUGACCAGAGAAGAAGCCAACAAGCCUCCAGACGGACAGGGAGGAGACGACGGCGCCUUCUUCGCCCUGCGGAGCUGCCACCAGUUCCUGCAGGGCGACACCGGCGAGUUCUUCUCCCCGGACUACCUGUGCUCCAACCCGCCUCUGUGGUGCAACUGGACCAUUCAGGUGGAUCCAGCAAUGCGGAUCCACCUGCACCUGGAGGACCUGACCCCUGACGACGCCUGCCACCUCAAAGAGGACCAGGUCCACGUGGACGAGCCCGCCGGACAUUUUGGGGGCCACAGGGUCCUGCAGAAGUGCUGGCGGGAGGCCAAGUACACGUCCUCCUCCAACACGCUGUACGUGGUGCUGCUGAUUGGCGGCUGGCCCAGCCCGCCGUACAGAGGCUUCUACGGCCGCUACCAGGCGUUUGGACCCCCGGUGGUCUACAACCCACAGGAGGGGUUCACAGACAGGAAGCCAGAACCAGCUCCUGGACUUGUGGACUUCAGUGAGCUGGUGAUGAAUGAGCGGAUGGAGUCAGAGCCUCAUUCACCAGCCAAUUCUGAUCUCAUGUAUGAUUAUUAUGGUCGAUCUCCAGUCAGGACGUCUGAGGGGCCCUGGGAGCCAGAGGAGGCCGCAGAGACUGACCCUGAACCUGACCCUGAACCUGACCCUGAACCUGACCCAGAACCUGACCCAGAACCUGACCCAGAGGUUGGAGAAAACCACCAGGAGAACUUGAGCCAUGUCAGCCCGUCCACAGCUGAGCCCACAGUGCCGACCUCCACACAGGGGACCUCCCGAUCGGGGAGAGGUGCAGCUCAGACCACUUCAGUCCAGUCCGACGGUCAGAACCAGGAGCUCAAACCCACCUCGAGCAGCUCAACAACAACUCAGACUACUGAGGAGGACGAGCCGACACGUCCAGAGGAAGCUGCAGCUCCACAUCCAGAGGAGGAGGGGAGGUCUGCAGACGGAGCGGUCGGAGAUCUCUCAGAUCAGCUUCCUGCCCCCUCUGAAGCAGCAGAACCAGAACCGGAGCAGCCCGAGCCGACCCAUCCUCACCCCAACAUGGUGGAGCCUCUGUCGGACCACAGGGGGAACCUCGACAUCAGAAAUCACUCAGAAACUUCACAUCUUCCUGGAGAUCACCUGUUUGAGGUGGCUGUAGAAGUGAACUUCCACCGGGACGUGAAGAAGAGUUGGGACGACCAGGCGCGCACGCUGCUACUGGCAGUCAAGACUUUAAUCAGUAAGAAUCUGGAAGCUCUGCACACGCCGCUGUCUGUCACCUCCAAGAGAUUAAAAAGGCUGAGUACAGGAGUGCUGUACAUCCUGUGGCUGCAGAUUGGUCAGGGCCCGGGGGGUCUGCAGGUCCACAGGGCCGUCCACGCCGCCUUGCAGGACCUCAUCGAGGCGGGACUCACAGAAAACCAUGAGAAGGGCGUUGUCCUCUCUGUGUCGACUGCAGAUGUGAACGAGUGUGGCUCCCAGCUGGUGCUGUGUGACGUGAACGCGGACUGUGUGAACCAGUUCGGGUCGUACUCGUGCCGCUGCAGGCCGGGCUUCAGGGACGAGUCCGCAGGAGGAAUCGUCUGCGUUGACCUGAAGGCUGCAGGUUGCAGCUCCUCUGGCAUCUCUGCGGAGACUAAAGGCGUCUACGUGCUCUUCUUCCUGCUCAGCUCGCUCAUCCUGAUGCUGCUGGCGGCGGCCGGCCUGCUGUACCACCGCCACCACCGGGGGGCCUUCCUGGUCCGAUGCCACAGUGGCGACAGCUUUUCUCCUUCUGACCCCAACAACAACAACCACCACCAUCAUCACCACCACGAUGACUCCGACCUGCCCCCUCCACCUCCACCGGCCCGGGGCUUCAGGGAGGGCUGGCCUCAGGUGAAGCAGCUGUGUCCGGCCGUGGACCUGCCGCUGCUGCGCUUCAGCCCGCUGCUGCAGCCGGACGCCUACAGGGAGCCGCAGGAGGGCGGCAAGCUGUGAACACGGUCAACACAGUAUCUGAACUCUUAUUUUUAUUUUUUAUUUGUUUUCUGAUUGUCUGAUACUGUUUGAAUUAAAAUCACAAAAAAAACAGCA